AUGACGCAAGAAAGGCUUGGAUCCGCACUUAUUCUUUCCUCUGUAUUUAGAGCGGUAAACAUCAAAGGGGACACCGAAGACUUCAAAAGCAAGAUAAAACAGGAAGCAAAAGUGGAAAGCGCCGAGGAGUUUCUGUAUCUGCUGCGGCGUCUGCACAAGCUGCAAGAUAUAAAGCCAAUUACAGAUCUAUCUUUGUUCAAAGACGGAAUAGAGCCCAUGUGGGAAGAUCCAUGCAAUCUCAACGGAGGAAAGUGGAUUAUCAAAAUAAAGAAGAACACUGCGGAGCAGAGGCUUUUUGAAAGUCUGUGCAUAUGGAUGGCUCUUGUGCCCUUCAAAACCAUGGAGGUCAACGGGAUUGUGGUGAGCGUAAGAGGGCACCACACAAUUCUCUCUUUCUGGACAAAAACGUGUCCAAAUGAGGAAGAGAUGGCCGAGCAGGAGAAGGAGAUUCGAGAAAAACUAGAGCUAAAGCCCGUGAUACCCGUUUCGUUCAAAGGAAACGACGAGUCGCUCAAAGACAAGUCGUCCUUCAGGCAUACAGUCAAAGAAAAGCCCACGAAGCAAUAA